GGCGCUAUCUCUACGCAACGCAACGCAUCUGUGAAUGGUUGCUUUGUUAGGUGGUGGUGCAUGGUUUUUAUGGACAGCGACGACGCCGUCUAGGUCAACCAUCGUUAUUGCUUCUCUGACGCCUUGCUAUUCGUACGCAGCUGGUCGCGGCGAAGAGUAGCAGUAUUUGAGUCACUAAAACCUGUGAAUCAUUCCCGUGACAAACAGACGCAUUGGUGACACUGUCACAAACACACGCCCACCCGCCAUAUCCACAACCAGCCAGCGACACACAGGGGCAUUAUCGACAUUAGGGUAUCGCACCAGAAGUUCGCCCGAUCUAAGUGCUUCCAGUAUGGAAAAACAGUCGGGCUGGGCGAACAACAGUAGUAGUAGCACACCGAUCGGGGAAUCAACAACAAAGAACGACGUCGCUGCAGCAUCUGUAAGCAAGAAGGAAGGAGGCGUAACUAGCGCUGGUGUAGACAUUUCAAGCUCUGAAAAGCACACUAAUCCCGACAGUACUUCCGGGAACGGUGGUGCUUCACCCGUCCAGCUGGAACCCUCCGCCAGUGGUACCACCGACAGCCCAUCGUUGGGCCCAAAGUCCGAGGACAGUUUGAGCAUCAAAUCAUCCGACUCGGUAACUACGAGUGGUGAGUACGAGAUUGUCCCGGAAGCACCUUCUAUUGGCGAAGAUCUCGUCGACAGUGGUGUUACGACGUCACAUAGCAAACAGCUGGGAAGCGAACCAAUCCGUAAUACCGAAGCGAAUGGCAAUCCUGGCGGUGAUAUUGGAGCCGAUCUAGCCGAGUGCAUUGCGGACGACGGAGAAUUGGAAGCAAAGCAAGGAAAGGAGCCAGCGAAGAAGCGAUCAGAGGGCAAAAAGCUGACAGCAAUCUCGCCGAUACUGAACAUCGAGGGAAACGGCAAUAUGAUGGAUCUGGAGAAGAACAUGAACGAGGUAAUACACGAGCUGGAAGAGGAACGCACAUUGAGCGGAGCGAGCGAUCCGAGUUCUUCAAACAAAGCGACACCGGUUCGGAGCCCCGAAAUGCGGAACACCGUCGAUCCCAGCUUACAGAACCCGCAUGGUGCUGACGGUGGGCCGAAGAAACCCCAAGUUCCGACCACACUCCGUCUUGGACUUCAAAGUAUGCGGGCAAAUUUCACGAUCGGCGGUGAAGGUUCUACGGAUACCACGCCAAACGCACUGCUUUCUCCUGAAGGCAUCGGUCGUGGUGUGGGACAGUCCGUAUUCUACGAUUGUCUGGACAGCAGUCCACUGACGGAGAAGAAGGAUGAUAUGAAACCGGUGGGGAGUUGUGCCGGCGAAACUGACGAAGAAUUGUCCGAUAUCGACCAGGACUGCACAAUAUUCAGCGGUGUCACGUAUCUUGGUGCGUCUCGGAUCAAUGCGCCCAAGUCGGAGCGGGAAAUUUUGCAGAAAGUUGCCGAAAUGAAUGGUGGCGGUGAUGGUGGCUGCGGUGACGGUAGCUGUACCGGGACCGGAUCCGACAGUCCGCUCGGGCUGAAGGUAUCCGUAAGCGUUCCCACCUGUUCCGAGGGGCUCGUUGUGUUGUACGAUUGUGAAUCGCAUGGCGUGGUAGCGACGUACGAAGUGCAGCGGAUACUGUUCUUUGCCCGCGGGCCGGUCGGUUCCACCGAUCAGGCCUGCUUUGCCUUCACCUGGUCCCAUGGGGAAUCACAGGAAACGGCCGUCCAUCAGUGCCAUGUGUUUCGCUGCAACAUCCCGGAAGCGGUCACGCAAGUCAGCACAUGCUUUGCGAAGGCUUUCCAACGAUUGCCACCCAGCAUACCACCCAGCAUGACCACCUCGCUGGCAGAAAGUGGCGUAAACGUAAUGCUCGCCUCAGUCACAUCCGACACCGCCGGCAAUCCGAUCCAAUCGGCGACGUAUGACUUUGCGGUGUCGCUCGAAAUUAAGGAGAAAGAACGGAACAGCAGCUACGUUACGGUGCCACGUGACGUCAAGUCCAGCUUUCGAUUGCGUUGCAAAACGGACAAGGAAGUAUGCAUUACCGUGCGCCAGGUACCGUCGGAUCGGUAUCCUUCCCUGCUGAUCGAGCGGUGCUUUGGAGUACUGCUGAGCCCGGGUCGGAUCGUACGACAGGCCGACAUGCAGCUGCUCGAUAUGGUCAGCAUGGGGUACGUGAAACCACUGGACGGUGGUAAUCCCUCCUCGAACGGAACGGGCAAUAGCAACAGUGGUGGUGCUAACGCUGCCUGCACUAGCAGCAGUAGCAGCGUUACCAGUCCGGCGAACUUCUCUCAAUUCCCGUACCAGAUCAAGGCCGAAUGGAAAGCGAACGCUUUCGAGCCGCUUAACAUGGAAACUCCCAAGAUGGCACUCACCGUAGCCGUCGAUCUAGUCAUCAAGGGUAUUCAGGAACCGGUGCGGUUCGUAAUAGAAACGUCCGUUGCGAUACUGUCCCAGAGCGAGCUGCGCAUCGUGCCGAACAUGUUCACAAACAAGCGACCGUUGCUGCUACACUUUUAUCUGACGCUGCGCGAAAAUGGUGAAGGCACCUGGGAGGUGGACGCGAUUAACCAUUCAGAUGAAAUAGUGGAACCGCAGGCAGCGUCCUCCACCUCAUCGUUGUCGUUGAAUUUCAACUUCCGAAACUGGACCUUCCGCAACUCGGCUAGCGUACAGUCGAUGCAGGACUUUGACGAUCCCAGCCCGACCGACUACAGCUCGGACGGGGACGAACCGUUGCUCAGCGGAACGGGCGAAGUGUCGAAGAACUGCACCGCCGCCCAGCUGGACGAGUGGCAUGUCAUCAUACAGGAGUGGUACCAGGAGGGAAGUAGCCCGGAAAAGCGGCCCAAAAACUUACCCAACCUUGUGCGGAUGGGUAUUCCUGAACCGUUACGCGGGACGGUGUGGCAACGUUUGGCUUGCGUGGAAAAUCGCAAGGAAAUGUUCGACUCGUAUCGGGUGCUAAUCACGAAGGAAAGUAGCUGCGAAACCGUCAUCCAGCGGGAUAUCAAUCGUACGUUUCCUGCGCACAAAUCUUUCAAGGAGAACGGUGGCACGGGCCAGGAGAAUCUGUACAAGGUGUCGAAAGCGUAUGCCGUGUACGAUACGGAGGUGGGAUACUGUCAGGGGUUAAGCUUCAUAGCAGCCAGUUUGCUGUUGCAUAUGCCUGAGGAGGAAGCGUUCUGCGUACUGGUGGCCCUGAUGUACAACUACGGUUUGCGCGAUAUGUACAAAAUGGGGUUCGAGUCGCUCUACCUUCGCCUGUACCAGCUGAACCGGCUCAUGAAAGAUCAGCUGCCCGAUCUGUACGAGCAUUUCGUGCAAAUGGGUGUCGAGUCGCACAUGUUUGCCAGUCAAUGGUUUUUGACGCUGUUUACCGCCCGCUUUCCGCUAUACUUUGUGUUCUACAUCCUGGAUGUGUUUCUGCUCGAUGGCAUACCGGUGUUGUUCCAGGUCGCUCUAACGCUGCUGAGCGUUUGCCGCAAGGAUCUGCUGGAACUGGAUUUCGAGGGCAUCCUGAAGUACUUCCGUGUGACACUGCCGAAAAAGUGUCGCAGUGAAACGCAGGCCCAAAAGCUGAUGAAACUUUCAUUCGAGUGUAAGGUGAAGAAGUUGAAGAAGUACGAGAUGGAAUAUCUGGCUAAAAAGGAAGAAACUGAACGGAAGGAACAGGAGUUGAAGCAGUACGAGCUGCGAUAUGGGGAGGAACGAGCGAAGCUUCAGCAGGAAAUUGGAUUGCUGAAUGAAAAGAUUGAUGCAAUGGCACGCAAAGAUCGUAAGAACGCGGGUAUCAUACAGGAUUACAAGCAGAUUAUUCAACGGCAAGAAGCAGAGCAGGGCAAGCUUCACACCAUGCUUGACGAUCUGACGAAAACUAUUUCAACGUGCAGCAAAUGUACAGCGAGCAUACCACAGUCGUCUCCACUUCAUAAGAACUAUGGCAAGAACUUCCAGCAGGCGAACACCGUGAACAAUAAUAACGAACAACAAACACAUCCUCUGGCGGAUCAACCGGACGGUGGAAGUUCGACUGGACCUGCUGGGGGAGGCAAACAUUCCGGUGCGUCCGCAAUAAUAGGAGGUCUUGGACCGCUCGAUCCGUUGGUAAUUGCAUCGCAGCGAAUACGCGAGUUAGAGCUAGAGCUGGCACAAACCAAACUCGCACAAGUUGAGGCAGAGUGUAAGAAUCAGGAUCUUCAUCACCAGCUAAACACAACCGUUACCGAGCUGCAAGCCACUCGGAGCAGCUGGCAACCGUGGCUAUCCAAGACGUUGAACUCGAUACAGGAAAAAGUGGUCACAAAGCGCGAAGUUAAUCCACCCGCUCCCUCGUUCCAGUCCUACGCGUCUAUGGAUGGAAAUAUGAAAAAUCACUCAAACACAUUGCCCCACGUGCGAAACAAUAACAAUAAGGCGGCACUAGCACAACGGCACAGCCUUGCGCAGGUGAACUUUUCUAGCUCGGACUGUAGCUCGACCGGCUCAGCUACAGAUGCAGACGGUAGCGGUGAUCCACAGGUGCUUGCCAGAGCAAAGUACGACAGCAGCGUAAACAUAUUGUACAAGGAUGCACGGUGCAAUAGUCUGAAGUAGGAUGUAUGGGCCACAUAUGUACGACACCAGGCUUUCUGCAGCUAAAUGUGUGUUGCUAUAUACGUUUCCUGUUUUAUAUAGUCCAAUUCCAAGCUCAGUAAUUCUCGAGGGGUGCAGCGCUAGUUGUGUAAGAGGUGCUCGAGAAGUAGACAACCGGUCAAACCAGCCAUCAUCAUCAAUAUUCUUGUUGUUUUAGUGUAUUUUAUGGCAGGAGAGAUAUCUGUAAGAGCGCACGCAGAUAAGUGCGCGCGGAUGGUAGAAGCGUAGCGAAAGCACUCGAUAUUAUUACUGUUUUUGUUUUACAAAAGCACAUGACAAAGCAAAUGGGCAUAUUAGAAUUGUCUCAUUAUCCACAAUCUCUUCAAACGUCGUUCAUUUAUUUCUCCCAUUUCGUAUAAUUAUUUUUUUAUGAGACUAGUAAGAAACAUUCCUUGUGAUAGGGUUCUGAAAUCAAAACAAUGUUCACGAACGUUACCGAAUAACUUAAGCGCGCGAGAAUGAGUUUCAGCUUGUUUUUUUAAGGCUGUACAUGGAACCACUUCGAAACGAAAAGGAUCGCGUUUGAAUUAAUAUUUAACAAUAUUUGGAGCUAAUAUUAUAUUUGUUUAUUGGUUUCGCAUUUAUUUCAAAUGUAAGAUGAGAGUGUGGAUAGAUGGGUGGGCAGGCUCAUGAUUGUUAAGGAAUAGAUUUUCUCCCUCUGAACUUUAUGAGAAUAAUUCUGAAAAAAAACGUUCGCUUCUUUUGUUAAGUUUGAUUUGAAUAUUUUCUCACUUCAAUCGCUUCUGUUCAUUCAUUUUCAUUUCAUAGAUUGUUUUAUGAAUUUCGUUCUUCGCACAAGAAAGUUUUCUAUCGUCUAUGAAUGUUGUGUUAGAAACAAAGGAUACUCUCAAGAACAGCUGUUAGAUAACGUUUUAUGUUUACCGAGCUUACGAUCUUACGUUUUGGCUUUGGUAUGAAAGGUUAAGCUCUCCACCAUUUUGCCUGUUUCCCACUUGGCACAUGAGAGAAUUUUGCAUAUCAUUGGUUAGCAAUGUUUCAGUCAAAUGGUUAGUUAGCUCUGUUACUGGUUAUAUUUUUGGCAUUUCUAAAAGAAAUCUCACACUCUGUCCGUCUUAUGGUGCACCACCAACCCCAUCUCAACACAAAAUGGCUAGUUGUUCCAAAAAGGACCGAACUUGCAACGCAACUAGUUUUGAUAGCGGCUACUUACUCUACAUCGGAAAAAGCUUACUCACAAAAGGCAAAACGAAGAAACGAUUUAGGAUCCUUACGGUAGGAAGAGCAUAUUCACAUUCUCCACAUAUUUAUAAUUCAAAUAAAUGAACCAC